CGACAAGUUGCUUAAAUAUAUUUAGAAUGAAUUAGAUAUAUUUAUAACUCUUUUUUAUUGUAGUAUUAGUAAAUACUAGAAUAUAAGGUGGAAAAUCGUGGAAAAUCAUGGAAAAUGAUACAUGUGUCAAUCAUGAUCCAUUCAUAAUCCUUGGAUCUUGUAAAUCAUGUCCCAAAGAAUUGUCUCAUGCAGAAUUGUUGUCUAUAAUAAUUAAAUGUGUCAAUUUUGCAGCAAUAAAACAUAAGGAUCAAAGGAGGAAAGAUGAUAAAGAAACACCGUAUAUAAAUCAUCCAAUAGGAGUAGCAAAUAUCUUGGUUCAAGAAGGUAAUAUUCAUGAUCCUAUUGUAAUUGUGGCAGCACUCUUACAUGAUACUGUAGAAGAUACUGACACUACAUUUGAGGAGAUAGAAAAUAUAUUUGGCACUGAGGUUUGUAACAUUGUUAAAGAAGUAACUGAUGAUAAAAACUUACCAAAAGCAGAACGUAAAAGAUUACAAAUACAGAAUGCGCUUAACAAAAGUCAUAAAGCUAAAUUGGUAACCUUGGCAGAUAAAUUAUAUAAUUUAAGAGAUAUUCAAGAAAGUAUACCAAUUGGUUGGUCACAAAAUAGAGUAAAAGAAUACUUUAAGUGGUCCAAAGCUGUGAUUGAUGGAUGUCGUAAAACUAAUUUUAAUCUAGAAAGAGAGCUAGAUCUAAUAUUUGCAGAGAGAGUGUCAGAAGAUAAAGAAACUUGUACAUGCAAAAAGCCAUUGAUAUUAUGA